UCUAUGACUUGUACCUUAUGUUUUACUUCUUGCACAUUGGUUGUUUUUAUUAUUACUAUUUGUUUGUAGAACAGUAGAACCCUAGGAAGGUUUCAAUGGAAGGUCAAAGUCCGAGUCAAAAGGUGGUGUUGGUUCACGAUGCCUCCGGAGGUGUCCGAAUGAAUGCUGUUAGAUGGAUUCUUGAUGGAUUUGAAUUGAAGGAUGGCGAUAUGUUUGUUUUUCUUUCUGUUCUUCAUCAAAUCCACCAUCCCAUGGGUUACAAAAUCCGAGUGGAUAGUUCGAUGUUUGGAGGAGCAAACCAAAAGGCUAUCGAUGAGGAAGUUGCUAGGAAGAAGAAAGAGCACGAGGACAAUUUGGAACUUGUUCAACUCUCAACACUAUAUGAAAUGCAAAAGAUCAAUUUCAAGAUCGAAUUGGUGACUGGGCCUAUACCCAAGAAUGCAGCCGUAGAAGCAAUCAAGAAAUUUGAUGCAACAUGGAUAAUUCUUGAUAGGAGAAUGAAGAGAGACAGAAAGUAUUUCCUAGAGAAGCUUUCAUGUGGGAUAUCAAGAAUGAAGCACAAUGACGAUAUAAUAAAAAUACGAGGACCAAAGCUGUCAAUGGCUCAAAGUCCGAGAAUGCCUCUGUCAUAUGGUGAUAUGUUACCAGUCGACCACAAAAUUUCGACCAAGCAACCACAAAACGAUGAAGAUUUAUUCAGCAUCGAAUUUGAUUCCUCACAUGCAAGUUCCGCGAGCACAAGAACUAGCAUUAGUGACGGUUUACUAAGCAUCGGGAAUAAUAAUGACGACAAACACAAGGCCGACAAGUUUGUGGAAAACUAG